AUGAGCGGCAGAGGCGGCGGCGGCGGCGGGCGGCCGCAGGUGGACAAGGCGGCGGAUUUCGCGAAUUACUUUUGCACGUACGCGUAUCUGUACCACCAGAAGGACAUGCUGUCGGACCGCGUGCGGAUGAACGCGUAUCGCGACGCGGUCAUGAAGAAUAAGGCGCACUUCGUCGAUAAGGUUUUCGUCAAUCACCAACUCCUCCCCUCCUCCCCAUCCCCUCAACCCCGCAACCCCACUUCCUUCCUUGCUCCCACACCCGUCAACCCUACGUGCCUUGCCGCCCCACCACCUCCCCGUGCGCGCCAUGCCAUCUCGCCUGCCCACGCUCCCCGCGCAACGCAACAACCGCUAUCCCCGGAACCCUCAACCCUGUCGCCUCUGCGCUCCCCGUCUCUCGCCCCAUCCGACACCACCUCUCCCCAUCCCCAAACCCCGCCCUCCGCCCCUGCGCAGGUGGUGCUGGACGUGGGCACGGGCAGCGGCAUUCUCGCCAUCUGGGCGGCGCAGGCGGGCGCGCGGCGCGUGUACGCGGUGGAGGCGACGGACAUGGCGCAGCACGCCACCACGCUGGCGCGCGCCAAUGGCGUGGCGGACCGCGUGACGGUGCUGCAGGAGAGCAUGGAGGACGUUCAGCUGCCCGAGAAAGUGGACGUGAUAAUAAGCGAGUGGAUGGGGUACUUCCUCGUGCGCGAGUCCAUGCUCGACUCCGUCCUCGUCGCUCGCGACCGCUGGCUCAAACCGGGCGGCUCCCUGUGCGUGCGGGUGCUGGGGCCAAGGGGGGAAGGGUGGAGGGAUGGGGACCGGCUCUCUGCAUGCUCUAUAAUUUCUCUGCCGCCUCUUACCACCAUUCCUGCUCAUCCCUUCCCCACCACCCCCCCCCCCGCUGUGCGGUGCAGGUUCCCGAGCCAUGCGCGCAUGUGGGUGGCGCCGGUGCACUCGAGCCUGUGGGAGGGGCGCAUGGGCGAGUUCCGCAGCAGCAUGGGCGACUGGCGCAGCUUCGUGCGCGGCACCAGGGAGGACUAUGGCGUUGACAUGGCCGUGCUGGACCAGACCUACGAGGCCGAGCAGCAGAAAUACUUCCUCCAAACAGGGUGUUGGGAGUCGCUGUACCCAUCGCAGGUGUUGGGGCGGCCGGUGAUGAUCCGCGAGAUAGACUGCGCCACCGCCACCGUGGCCGACGUGGAGGAGGUCAAGGCAACCUUCACCACGCACACCUUCGCUGCUGAUAAACCCGUCAACGCCAUUGGAGGGUGGUUUGACGUGCUGUUCAAGGGGUCAGCCACGGACCCCACGGAGCACGAGGUGCAGCUGACGACAGCGCCCAGUGUGGACGAGGGCACGCACUGGGGGCAGCAGGUCUUCCUGCUCGCACACCCACUGCACGUGCGCGAGGGAGACGAGGUGUCGGGCGCCAUGCACAUCCGGCGGUCGCAGAAGAACCACCGCCUCAUGGACGUGGACCUGCAGCUGCAAUGCCAACACACCGAUGGCUCGCGCUCCCCCUCCACCACCGCCGCUUACUUCAUCGAGUAG